AUAAUCAUAGAGAUGUAAACGGGGGGAAAAAAUCAUGAAUGACGUUGUUGUUUUUGUGGGCCAGCUUAGUAAUGAAACAGAGCAGCAGGUGAGAACGAAACGCCACAUUAUCUAGAUGGGUUAUAAAGUAAAAACUGGGUGUAUAAUUGCAAUUAUAGACGAGAUUACGAUAUGCCGUUUUUUUACAUUUACAGACGCUUUUAUCCAAAGGGACUUCAUGUGCAUUCAAGCUAUAGAGCCUACAUUAUACAAAUGUUUAUUCCUAAUGGUCAUCAUACGUUAGUUGUCCAUUAACACUCCCAGCUUGUAGAUUUAUUACAUUAUAGAACAGAAUGUGAAUGUCUGUAUUAUGAUGGCAAUUGAAUACUGGGAUGCAUUUCAGUGCAAGGAAGAAACGCUAACUCAAGGCAUUAUUUGAAAUUUCGCACUAGAAUUAAAAAAUGCCUCUCGACAACGCUUUGAGAAGCAUGGGCUACAAGUGCAUUGCCACAAUUGGCGAGGGCACUUACGCCAAAGUCAAGCUCGCCACCUCGAAGAAACAUCAACGCAACGUGGCCAUCAAAAUCCUGGACCGUGACAAGAAUCCAGAUUUUGUCGAAAAGUUUCUCCCGCGGGAACUGGCUGUUAUAAGACGAAUCCAUCACGAGAACAUCAUUCACGUGCACGAGUACUUUGAGGUGGGCCGCAAGUACGUGUGUAUCGUGAUGGAGGUCGCGGAGAAGGAUCUCCUUCAGAAGAUACACGAGGAUAAACGCAUCCCGAAAGAACAAGCGAAAACCUGGUUCUCUCAGAUGGUUAGAGCGGUGAACUACCUCCACCAGAUUGGCAUCGCCCAUCGAGAUCUCAAGUGCGAAAACAUUCUCCUCACGACCGACGGGCGCGUGAAGAUCUGCGACUUCGGUUUUGGGCGCUUUAUGAAAGAAAGUUUUGAGCGCAGUCACACCUUCUGCGGUUCUGCUGCCUACUGUUCCCCUGAAGUGCUGAGGAACACGCCAUACGACCCAAAAAAGUAUGACGUAUGGAGUCUUGGAGUGAUUUUAUACACCAUGAUCACUGGACUUUUGCCGUUCGAUGACACAAACAUGAGACUGCUUACAAGACUUCAGGAGAUGCCUUUGGUUUACCCGGAUAACGUUGACGUUGAGGAGUCGUGCCGCGCUUUCAUCGCCACUUUACUCCAGGUCAACCCUUCCGCACGUCCAACCAUUCAACAGGUGGCGGAACAUCCGUGGCUGCAGGUGGCCGACAGCCAGGACGGUUAAAAGCCGCAAAUAAAAGUGUUGAAAAUGCACAGAAAACGGUGUUUUCACGAUCUAGUAAUAUUGCCGCGUUCGAGACGACGUCGAAGGUGGAAACGUAAAUGCCUUACCUAAAAACCCCUCGGCACAUUAAAGAGCGCCAAAACAAAAUGUAUUAUUUUCAUUAGUAUUUACAGAAGAGACUUUCUUAAUAUCGUUUCGAACUGUAAAAAUACUUUCAACUUUGUUAGUACGUUUUUUACACAAGAUAGGUC